CCAUUUUCAUGAGAUUUCCGGCAGCGUCUCGUACCCUGCCUACUCUUCCUUCGUUCCCCGAGCCAAAAGCCCGGGAAAAGAAGGGAGCGAAACCUAACCCUAAUCCUCAACCGUCACGCAUCUCCACUCUUUCUUGAAGACCCUGACCGAUGGCCAUCCGCGCCACCCUUUCCUAUUCGAGUUACCUUUCCCAGUGUCUCGCCGCCUCCGUUGGUCCCCGCUGCUGCAGCUUCCUCCACAUCAACGAGUCCGGUUGCCGUCCCUUGGCCUUCUUGGCGAACCAGCUGUCUGAUAAUGAACUUUCCGGAAUUGGGGAGAAGUAUUUGGCGAGGAAUAGCUCAUGGACUCGUGCUUCCAGUUCUCCAUCGCGAUUCUCAUCCUCGAUUGGAGGUUCCCGGACGGCGAAUCAAACAUCCGUUGCUAUGGAGUUGUUCAAGUUUCUGGUCGGCGCCAUGGACGCUUCAAAGUUUCCAUGCAAUAGACUUGGGAAGGCUCCUGUUUCUGGUGAUGAGGAAUUGUCGAAGGCUCCUGUUGCCGAGGCGGUUUCUACAAUGGUUUCCAACAAGCCUCCUACAGAGAUUCCGGCUUCCCGUGCAAAGGAGAUGCCCAAGCUUCCGGUUGAUGUUGCCGCUUUAUCAUUCUUUACUGGCAAGUCUUCUUCAGAGUUUUCAGCUCCCACUGCCGAUGAACUAUUAAAGCCUUCGGAUGCAGCUGCCGAUGCAUCCCGCUUCUGUGUCUUUCCCAGGGAUAGUCACGAUGCGAAGGUACCCAGCGGAGUAAGCCCCUUUGUGAGAUUUCUCUCUGCAUUAGGAACUUGUUCAGAGCCGAUUCCUAGUUCAGGGGUGUUUUCCUUGUCAGCUUCCAUGAGCGUAGGAUUCAAUCCCUCCUCACUUUUCCCAUUCUUACCGACAAGCAAAUGGUUUCCGUGCAGUGAUUUUUUCUUAGGUUCAGGUUCAGCGAAAAGAGAUCCUCCAGACAAAGCGAGAACUGUCACUGUGGAGGCAACUCAAGAACCUCUUGAGCUCUUUGAAUCCCCCUCGAGUAUGAAGAAUGGGGUUGCGAAGCCUGAAACAGUGGUUUCAGCUGAGUGUGCAUUGAGGAACUGCCCUCCUUCCUUGAAGGUUAAUGGUGUGCCUGAAUUCCAUACCCUGCCUUGCGAGAAGAGCUGGAGUUUCUCGCGGUGGAUCAGCUCUUGCUCCUAUGAUGCGAAGAUUGCCUUUGCUGCAGUUACAGUUUAUUUGCUAUCUGGCUCUCGCUUGGCUGAGCCGAGAGGAAUUCCUAGUAGGUCUAUGUAUCCAACAUUUGAAGUUGGAGACCGCAUCUUGGCAGAAAAGGUUUCUUAUUUUUUCAAAGAGCCAGAGGUCACAGAUAUUGUUAUUUUUAGAACUCCUCCAAUUCUGCUGGAGCUUGGUUAUAGCCCUCAUGAUGUAUUCAUCAAAAGAAUUGUGGCAAAAGCUGGAGAUAUUGUAGAGGUUCGUGAUGGGAAGUUGUUUGUGAACGGCAUUGCUCAAGAGGAAGAUUUUAUACUAGAGCCACUUGAAUAUGAAAUGAUACCAGUGCUGGUGCCUGAAGGAUAUGUUUUUGUGCUGGGAGAUAACCGAAAUAACAGUUUCGACUCCCACCACUGGGGACCCCUUCCAGUGAAGAGUAUUAUGGGAAGGUCCAUCCUGCGUUAUUGGCCUCCAUCUAAAAUAUCAGACACCAUUUAUGAACCUGGUUCUUCAGAAACUCCUCUCAUGGUGGUUUUGAAGAAUUGGACGCCUCAAUAAUUUUUAGUUUUUUUUUUUAAUUUCAAAUUUUAUAUUAUUUCUUCAUGCUAUUUAUGUAAAAGUUUUUUUUUUAAUUUUUUUUAUUUUUAUUUUUGCAGUUCAUUGUUAAUCUUGACCAUGCAUUUUUGUAUAUUGUAAUAUGCUAGGGCCAUGUUGCAUGGAGAAAAUUUGGCUGAAAUCCAA